GCUACCCAAAGAUGAGCAUUGCUCUGAAUAAAACAGGAAGACCUAUCGCUUACUCAUGUAGCUGGCCAGCCUAUGAAGGAGGGCUUCCCCCAAAGAUAAAUUAUACCGUACUUGGUGACAUUUGUAACCUCUGGAGAAAUUUUGGUGACAUCCAGGAUUCCUGGGAGAGUGUUCUAAAUAUUAUUGAGUGGUAUGGAAAUAACCAGGAUGAACUGCAACCUGCAGCUGGCCCAGGAAGAUGGAAUGAUCCAGAUAUGCUGAUCAUUGGUAACUUUGGCCUGAGUUAUGAGCAGUCAAAAGUGCAGAUGGCAUUGUGGGCAAUCCUGGCAGCCCCUCUCUUUAUGUCCAGUGAUUUAAGGACAAUCUCUGAGGAUGCCAAGCACAUCUUGCAAAACAAGCUGUUGAUUUAUAUAAACCAAGAUUCUCUGGGGAUUCAGGGACAGCGCAUUAUGCAGUGGCGUCAUUUUGAAGUAUGGAAGCGAAUCCUGUUCAACGGACAGUUUGCCAUAGCGGUUAUGAACAAUGGCACGGAUGGAAUGCCAAGACCUUUCGCAACCAAUUUAGCACUACUGGGUAUCCUGGAUUGCAAGGAGGGAUACAAGAUCUAUGAUGUUUUGGAGCAAGUGUUCUUAGGAGAUUUUGCCCUCGAUACAACUAUUAACAUACAAGUUACUCCAACGGGUGUAGUCUUGCUGUUUCUCAGGCCUCUGUGUUCUUUCACCUAAUUUACAAAACCAAUCUUGAGAGCCUAAGCACUUGAACUGCAAUAAAGAGAUGUUAACUAGGGUAAUUACA